AUGGCGGCCCGAGGAGGCCGGGCCGGGCGGGGCCGGCGGGGGCAGCGCCGCCUGGCGGCCGGAGGGGGGGCGGCACCGCGCCCUCAGAGCCCGCCCCGGAGCGGCCUGGGCCCGGAGCCGGCGCUGAGCAAGCGACGGAAUCACAAUCGAUUAGGCUGGAAAAGCCCUCUGAGAUCAUCGAGUCCAGCCUGUGGCCGAACACCACCGUGUCAACCAGACCAUGGCACUGAGUAUGGGCCACCAGCUCAAAUGAAUGUUCAUCUGAAAGGUCAGGACCUCCUUACUCUACAGAACUACACAGGAGAUGAGCUGAAGUAUUUGCUGUGGAUGGCCUCAGAUUUGAAACAAAGGAUAAAGUACAAAGGAGAGUAUUUGCCUUUGAUGCAAGGAAAAUCUUUGGCCAUGAUUUUUGAGAAGAGAAGUACAAGAACAAGAUUAUCUGCAGAAACAGGAUUUGCUCUCCUUGGAGGACAUCCUUCCUUCCUUACAACACAAGACAUACAUCUGGGCACUAAUGAGAGUCUCACAGAUACAGUGAGGGUGCUGUCCAGCAUGACAAAUGCAAUCUUGGCUCGAGUUUAUAAGCAUAAUGAUCUGGACCUAAUGGCAAAAGAAUCCACGAUCCCAGUAAUCAAUGGACUGUCUGAUUUAUAUCACCCUCUCCAGAUUUUAGCUGAUUACCUAACCCUUCAGGAGCACUAUGGUGGGCUGAAUGGACUCACUAUCACCUGGAUUGGGGAUGGAAACAAUGUCCUCCACUCCAUCAUGACAAGUGCUGCAAAGCUGGGAAUGCACCUGCGUAUUGCCACUCCCAAGGGCUUUGAACCAGACCUCAGAAUAACUAAAAUAACUGAACAAUACUCUGAAGAGUAUGGUACCAAGUUACUUCUAACAACAGAUCCUUUAGAAGCUGCAGACAGUGCCAAUGUCUUAGUUACAGACACAUGGAUAAGUAUGGGACAAGAAGAGGAAAAGAAAGAAAGACUAAAGGCCUUUCAAGGUUAUCAAAUUACAAUGCAGACUGCAAAAUCUGCUGCUUCCAACUGGACUUUUUUACAUUGUUUACCCAGAAAACCUGAAGAAGUUGAUGAUGAAGUAUUUUAUUCCCCACAGUCAUUGGUUUUCCAGGAGGCUGAAAACAGAAAAUGGACAAUUAUGGCUGUCAUGGUUUCCCUGCUGACAGAUUACUCACCACAGCUACAAAAACCUACAUUUUGAUACUGGGAUUCCCACCAGGAGAAAAAUAUUCUUCAUUGGCAGAAUAUUUUGGUCCUCAAAUACGUAGACCUUCUUCAGAAAGGAUCAAGGCAAUGAAUGAUAUUUGAUUAAAACCAUAUAGUUUGCUGCAUAAUGUUGCAUUACAUUUGGGAAAAUGUUCAAGACAACAGACACCAUUCCAGAAGCUGCUUUUCACCUGGAUGCUCCAAGCUGGCUGUCCUAGUGAUCAGCAUCACGAAAAACAUUCCAAGAUCGUAUCUUAAUGGUUGGGUCUACCAGCAGCAUAGGCAUGGCACAGUUUACAUGUAGCUGUGUUUGAACUUGUGUGGUGUGAUAUGACAGACAUAAACUUCUCCCCAAACCUGUGCCUUUCAUUGCCUGUUUUGGGAAGUGUGCAGGAGAAGCAGUGCUUCAGUUUGCCUUGGUUGCCUGUGCUUCCCGGGCACCCUGGCUCCUGUUUCUGUCCUCCAGCCAACAUCCAAACCCCACUUCUGUUUGACACCAAAAAUAUAGAGACCUUGGGAGUAUUAUCUUCCUCCAUGACAUUCCUGUGGGCUGGCACAGGGGGAUAUUGCUGAGGAAUUGGAAUAGAGCAGUUUCCAGAGUUGGAUACAGCAGAGAAAGAUGGCUGGAAGAAACUGGUUCGAUCUUUGCCUAUCUGCCCUAGACCCUCAUUCCCUAAACAAAACUCUGCUAAAGAAGCAAAUUUUCUAUUUCCUUUUUUUUUUUUUUUUCCCUAAGCAGACAUGAGGGACACCACAUGAUGAAACUUAUGCAGCUCCCUUGCAGAAAGAAUUUACUGCAUUUUGUCUGGCACUGUAAGACAGUGUACAUUUCAGAUAAUCCUUCUCAGUAAUAGACAGAUUCAUGACAUUUGUAGGUUUUGUGAUGGCUGGGUAUGUGCAUUUGAUAUUUCAGGUAAAGCUUUGAGUACUAUUAAAAAACACCUUUCUUUUUUCUAAAUAGUUUCAAAAAUAUGUUGGCUUGUUUCUCAGUGUAAUACCAGGACAACAUCUGUGAUAUUUCAAAAAUUCUGCAAAUGGAUUUGUGUUUUCUGACCAGCUGCAAAACAUUAUUUAAUUCCUUUCAAAAUUAGAGUUCACUGCAGGGCCACACAGAUCACUGAAAUGAAA